UUCAUCUCGGUGAAAUGUAGCGGAAUAAAUCGUACACUACUUGUGUGAUAUAUAUAUAUAAUCCUCCAUAGCGCGCUGGAGGGUGAUGAUGCGCGUGCAUUGUGACGUAGGAGCGCCUAAGCAUGCAUCAAAUAAGGAAGUCUGAGAUCCGGUAGUUCCCCUUUACUUUAAGAGAACUAUUAGAUAGUUCGGUUAAAACCCAGUUCAAGCUUAGCCAUCGCAUGUUCAAAAAGUCUUGCCUUUUCAUGCGUUUCCCGUCUUUAAAAUUGAGUUUGUAGUCAUAUUUUCUUACCGUAACCAGUUGAAACCGCAACAAAGGUGAAAAGCAGACAACAGGAUGGAUGUUACUCACCUGACGGAGGACGAAAUGGCCGAUAUAAAGAAGGAAGCCAUAGAGAGGUUACGCCCAUACCUGGUGGAUAAGAUCAUCGCAGAGCGGCACUUUGAUUACUUGCGCUCGAAGAAAAUCCUGACCAGAGAUGAUACAGAGGAGAUCAGCUGCAGAACCACGAGAGGGAGACGCACCAGCAAGCUGCUGGAUAUCCUGGCAGAAAACCCUCGGGGUCUAGACAUGCUCAUAGAGUCCAUCAAAUGGGGCCGAACACUCAACUUCAUCAUCGCAAAGAUCACUGAUGAAGUGCAGAGCGUGAAAAAUGAGCGACUGGAAGCUUUAAAAGCAGGGUCCUCUGCAAAUUCAUGUUAUUCAAAUACAAAAGGAGCAACCAAUGACUUCUCCAAAAUGGACCCGGACUAUGACAAGUACUCUACUAUAUGCUAUCAUCCAGAAGGGGAAGGAAGCCCGUCGUCCUCUGUGGCUACGGGAUCCUUUAACCUGCAUUACGGCUCGGGUCGAGGGAACGAGGCGGUGUCAGUCUGCGGCGGCGCUGGGAGCAUGAACGUGUCCUCCAACAUCUCAUCAAGCCUGCCUAAACCUGGAGACCCUGGAGCUCCGCCGCUGCCCGAGGAGCCCGAUAUGGACAACCAGGAUAUUGAUGCUGCUGUUUGUGGAAGUACAGGAAGUAGUGGGGAUGCUAACUUCCAGCCGCUGCGCUCACGUUCUCUGGCUCCGAUGUCUCACAUGUCGUAGCGCAGCCUUUGGACGUAAUCUCCUGCAUUCCAUCAAUGCGUGAGAUGCAGAACAUUCUCCAAAACAAAUGUCUCUAAUCAGCACUGUCACACUGCUAAUCUUUCUUCUGCUUGUUAAAUGUGCUUAAUUAAAACGAGCUUAUGCUGAACAUUUUGUUUCUACUUACUUUAAAUGUCUCCAAUCAUGUAGAACUGAAUUUUACUUCAUUUAGUUAACACUUUACUUAAAGCAUUUAUUUAUAAUGCAUUAAAAAGGGAUUCAUAAUGUAUCUUUUAAUGCAUAAUGUAAUUUCAUAAAUAAUUGGA